AUGGCAGUAACAGCUCCUAUCAAGAAGGCCGCUGAGGCGCCGGUGACUCCUGUGAAGAAAACAACCGCUCCAGUUGAAGUACAGUCGACGGGAGCUACUGAGAAGAAGGAAGAGGUUUCUCCACUUGUGGAGAAGACGACUGACAUCCCCACCACGCAGGAGGAGACUACAGUGAACCCCUCGAAGAGGUAUAGGCGUGUUCAGAGGAAUAGGGAUGAGAAGGAUCCAGUGGCUCUCGCUCAUGAGGUUCGCAUUACUGUUUCGGGUGGUGUUGGAUUGUUCGUUAAGGAAGGCGUUCGUAAGCUAUUGGAUGUCACUGAGGGCGUCCCUGAGAUUAAAGUCCGGCCAUUGCUAAAGCUGUGA